CGGCGCCCGCUCCGCCUUCCGCUUCCGACGCGCGGUCGGUGGAGCCGUUGUAUGUGCGGCAAUAACAUGUCGGCCGCGCUGCCCGCCAUCGUGCCCGCCGUCCGGAAGGCCACCGCCGUGGUGAUUUUCCUUCAUGGAUUGGGAGACACAGGGCAUGGGUGGGCAGAAGCCUUUGCAGGUAUCAGAAGCGCCCACAUCAAAUACAUCUGCCCGCAUGCACCGGUUAUGCCUGUAACAUUAAAUAUGAACAUGGCCAUGCCUUCUUGGUUUGACAUUAUUGGGCUUUCACCAGAUUCACAGGAAGAUGAAACUGGAAUUAAACAGGCAGCAGAGACUGUAAAAGCUUUGCUAGACCAAGAGGUGAAGAAUGGCAUUCCUUCUAACAGAAUUAUUUGGGGAGGAUUUUCUCAGGGAGGAGCUUUCUCUCUGUACACAGCACUGACCACACAGCAGAAGCUGGCCGGUGUCGCCGCUCUCAGCUGCUGGCUGUCCCUGCGGGCUUCCUUUCCACAGGGUCCUAUCAGUGGCGUGAAGGACAUUUCUAUUCUUCAGUGCCAUGGAGAUUUGGAUCCUUUAGUUCCCCUAAUGUUUGGUUCUCUUACUGCUGAAAGGCUAAAGACAUUGGUAAAUCCAACCAAUGUAACCUUCAAAACCUAUGGAGGCAUGAUGCACAGUUCAUGUCAACAGGAAAUGAUGGAUGUCAAGCAGUUCAUCGAUAAACUCCUACCUCCCAUGGAUUGACGUCACUGAGAGGCCGUGUGGAGAAGCGCACACCAGCAGCGUCGUCGUAGAGUAUAAAGUUUUUUCUGCGCCCGAUCUUGAAACCUCUGAUGUUUGCAGUGUUAAAAUGUUUUGCAAAUACACACCAAUGACACAGACUAAAUAAAUCUCCUCAUGGGAGAUUUAUGAUCUUUUAAGUUUCUAUGUAUGUAUUUGUAUAACAUGAUCCAGAAUAUAUUAGUAUUAAAAUAGGUGAAGCAGCUAGCUUCUUUCUCUCCUAUGUAAU